AUGUGGGCACUUGACGAGGGUCCCAAUCAAUCGGUCGGUCGUUUAGAACCUGGCUCUUCCCCCAAGAAACAGAAACGGGGGUAUGCCGAGCCGUCUACGUACGCUCACCUGCGGGAACUUCGGAAUCACUUGCGGAGUGGGUUAGAAGUGGUUUUUUGUGGUAUUAACCCAGGUCAGACGUCCGCUGAGAUAGGGCACCACUUUGGUGGCCCAACAAACCACUUCUGGAGCUGCCUGUACGAAUCAGGCUUCACUACACGACUUCUCCGUCCUCAAGAAGACUUCAUUCUCCCAGAACAGUUUUCGAUCGGGAUGACGAAUCUCGUUGAUCGUCCAACUGCUGAGCAAAGCGAGCUAUCCCAAGCCGAGCAAUUAGCGGGAGUUCCUGCUCUCCUCGCCAAAAUUGCCACACACCGCCCCAAGAUUGUAUGCUUUGUAGGACUGGGAAUAGCGGACAUCGUCAAAUCUAAAGUGAUGCCGGCUGGAAAGGGCCGAAAGAUGAAGGCGGCUAUCGGGAUUCAGCCCUACAAGCUUCAGUAUCAAGGUGAACAAGCAUGCCCCAAGGAAACCCUCUUCUACGCUGUGUCGAGUACGUCGGGUCGCGUGGUUACGUACCAGAAAAAGGACAAGGUAAACCAGUUUAAGGCUCUGAAGUCGGUCUUGGAAUCUUUGCGGAACAAUAAUGUUGAUACCUCCUCUCUUCACGCUCUCCAACUGAAUGAUCUACAAUGUGUAAUCUAA